CCACCGGGCUGGUUCGCCAUUCAGAGUGAAGAUACAGCUGCUCGGGUUUGUGAUGGUCGCUGCUUCUCUUGCGCUCCGUGGAGGAGAACGGAGACCCACACAAAACACACCUGAGCUUGGGGCCUAUCAAGCUGGUAGUAAAACCUGGACUGGGUGACUCUGCUCUGGAACAGGAGUCUUGUUGAUAUCCUGCAAUGCUACGAGAACCCGGGCAGGGCGGGGGUGAUCCCCGACAAGCCGGACCCUGGAUGCGCGGAGCCUGCAACAGCGAAACACAGACCUGAACGUUAUUCGUUAUUACUAGACGCUUUUAUCCAAAGCGAUUUACAGAGACUGGGGGUGGGCUAUGCUUCCGACAGGACCUCGCUUGUCAUCCGAAGGACAGGAGAGGGAGAGAGCGAGCAGUGCCGAACCACACUCAACGAGACACUGUCCACAAACCAGUCUGAACUGGGAGGGUGGGGAACACAGCGUGCCCCCCUGCUGCACACUUUAACGCGCCGUGCCGCCUCCUCUUCCCCGAUAGCCGCUUCUCCCUGGUUAUGAUAAAGUUUUUGCCCGGCUUUGGCACUGGAGCCGCGCUGAGCCCGGUCUGCAGAGCCUCUUUCAAAUAUGAACCCGACCGCCGAUAAAGUACGAUUUUAAAGAGUGAAACGAACUAUUUAAACUGUAAAUAACACAAUACACGUUAAUCGGACUUUUUAAAAAAAAACUGAUCAACAUACAAAAAGCAGUAACCAAGGUGUUCGGCUAUCUCCGUGAACCCCCGCCCCCCUUUUCCGAGGGGUGACGUCAUCUUCGCCAGCUCCCCUCCUCUCUCUUUACUCCGAGCCACGCCCCCUUUUCCGAGGGGUGACGUCAUCUUCGUCAGCUCCCCUCCUCUCUCUUUACUCCGAGCCACGCCCCCUUUUCCGAGGGGUGACGUCAUCUUCGUCAGCUCCCCUCCUCUCUCUUUACUCCGAGCCACGCCCCCUUUUCCGAGGGGUGACGUCAUCUUCGUCAGCUCCCCUCCUCUCUCUUUACUCCGAGCCACGCCCCCUUUCCCGAGGGGUGACGUCAUCUUCGUCAGCUCCCCUCCUCUCUCUUUACUCCGAGCCACGCCCCCUUUUCCGAGGGGUGACGUCAUCUUCGUCAGCCCCUCCUCCUUUCUCUUUACUCCGAGCCACGCCCCCUUUUCCGAGGGGUGACGUCAUCUUCGUCAGCUCCUCCUCCUUUCUCUUUACUCCGAGCCACGCCGCCAUUUCACGCAGUCGAGUUUCGUUUUUCAACGCGGCCAUAGAGGAAAGGAACCGGAGGGAAACGUAUUUUUUUUUAAACAAAAAACAGUAUCUCCUCUCUUUAUUAUUUCUUUGUUGUAAAUGUGGAAUGAACAUUUUAUAACAAACUUAAAAAAAAAAAAAAAAAGCAACCAAACCAACAACAACAACAACAAAGCUCACUCAAGCCAAGUGUAGAGCGAGUUGUUGUUUUUUUUUUUCGUAGUAAAUGUACAGAGGGAAAUGGCUCUGGAAAGCAUGAGUGUCCACCACCAGUCCUCCCCACCAGCCUCCAGCCCUGAGCACAGCAGCGUCCUCCUCGACAGCAGGGAGCAGCAGGAGCUGGAGGAAGGGGAGCUGGAAGAUGACGGAGGGGAGGUGGAGAGCCCCAAAGCCGGGGAGCCCCAGGAGAAAGUGGGGGGCCGUGGGAGAGAGAGGGAGAGGCACGGGAGCGGCUCGGAGGACGACAAGUCUCACCGGCGCAAGAGGAAGAGGAGGAAAGAGAAGGAGAAGGAGAAGAGGAGGGCGAAGAAGAGACGAAAAUCCAAACACAAACGCCAUGCUUCCUCCAGCGACGAGCACUCUGAAUUCAGUGACGAGUCGGACUACAGCCCUGGUGAAAAGGGCCUUCGCAAAUACAGGGAGUACAGCCCCCAGUACCCUCCCCAGGCAUUACAGUCUCACCCAGGUUAUCUCCCACCCCCUCACGACAGCCCCAUGCCCAAAAAGGGGGGCUACAUGAAGCUGGAGAAGCCGGGGGGCUACAGGGGCUACGAUAAGUACGAAGAGGAGAACUUUGAGGGGGGGGAGGAGGAAGAGAUGGGAGAUGAAGAUUACGACGACUUCGCCAAGGAGCUCAACCAGUAUCGCAAAGCCAAGGAGGGGACGGGGACCAACCGGGGGAGAGGUGAGCCCACAGGGGAGGGAGCGGCAGGGGGCAGGAACCAGCAGGGCGGUAAAGGUCGCGGGAAGAACCAGCGAGGUCGAGUGGGAAGGGGAGGAGGCAUGAGAGGAAGAGGCGGGCGAGGAGGCGGGCCUAGGGGCAGGGGGCGGGGCAAGAUGGGCGGGGAGAACGAGGACGGAGAUGGAAUGCUGUACUGUGAGGAGAGGGAGUUCGGAGAGGAAGACUUUGACCACAUGGGUGAUGAAGAGUUUGACGAUUACUCCAAAGAGCUGAACCACUACAGGAGAAACAAAGACGGGCCAAACAGAGGGAGAGGUGCUAAAGGAGGACGGGGGCGCGGCCGAGGUGGAAAGGGGGGCCGCGGGAUGAACCGAGGCCGUGGGAGGAACAACCGGGGGAGGGGGAGAGGAGGGGACUGCGGGGGUCAUGAGGAGGAGAACAAUGGAGACAUGGACAUGGGGGACUGCGGCCCGCGCAGGAACGAUCAGGACAGGUCCCACCAGCAGGUCUCGGACAAGAAGGGCAAAGCGAUCUGCAAGUACUACAUCGAGGGCAGGUGCACCUGGGGGGAACACUGCAACUUCAGCCACGACAUCGAGCUGCCCAAGAAGAAAGAACUCUGCAAGUUCUACAUCACAGGCUUCUGUGCAAGAGCUGAGAACUGCCCUUACAUGCAUGGUGACUUCCCGUGCAAGCUGUUUCACACCACUGGGUCGUGCGUGAAUGGAGACGAGUGCAUGUUCUCCCACGAGGACCUCUCUGAGGACACACAAGACCUGCUGAACAAGAUGUUAGCUGAGGACGCAGAAGCCGGGGCUGAGGAUGAGAAGGAGGUGGAGGAGCUGAAGAAGCAGGGCAUCAACCCGCUCCCCAAACCCCCUCCUGGGGUGGGCUUGCUCCCCACUCCCCCCCGGCCCCCUCCCUCCGACCCCAGCUCUCCCGGAGGGGGACCCUGCGACUCUCCAGGGGGUUCUGGGCCCGGAUCGGGCCCCUGUCUGGUACCAGGGGGUCCAGGGGGAGGACCUUGCCCAGGACAGGCACCCCCUCCUGGGCCACCGCCCCCUCAGCCCAUGCCACCCCCCCAGCCCUGCCUCAACAACGCGCAGAAGAAAAUUCCCUCCCUGUUUGAGAUUCGGGUGCAGCCCACUGGCCAGCUGGCACAGAAACUAGGAGUGCGACCCCCAGGCGGCCCCCCAGGCCCUCCCCCCCACACGGGCCCCCCCUCCUCCGGGCCCCCACCCCCCACUUCCAAGGGCCGAUGGGCCCUCCAGGACACAUGGGGCCCGGCCCCCCUCCAGGGCCCCCCGGGGGCCCCGAUGCCCCACGACAUGUCUAUGGGUCCCCCAGGCAUGAACCAGGGGCCUCCUCCAAUGGGCCCCGGGCCCCCGAUGAUACCCUUCGGACCGGGCGACGGGCCCCCUCUAGGCAUGAUGCCCCCGGGUCCCCCACCACCCUACUUUGAGAACUUCUACCAUCCUCAGCAGGGCAUGGAGAUGGAGCAAGGGGCAGAGGAAGAAGACGAUUACGGAGACUACGAGGAGAUGGAGCAGGGGGACGGCUCGAUGGGGUUCAUGGACCAGCCUCCCCCGGACCAGGGCUCCAUGAUGGGGCUUGACCCGGGGGCUGGGCAGGGUCAGAACCAGCCAGGGAUCCCGGACUUCCUGCCCACGGCCCAGCGGGCUCUCUUCAUGAGGAUCCAACAGAAACAGCAGCAGGCAGAGGAGCGGGCGCGGAGGCUGGCAGAAGGAGGAGGAGAGAGAGACGCGGAAGGCGACACGGCUAACUGGUACUCCAGCGAGGAAGAGGACGGUGGCGGCAGUGUGACCUCCAUCCUCAAAACCCUUCGCCAGCAAACGCAAGCGGGCAAGCUGCCAAACCAGCCUCCCCACCCCACAGACCCCAGCCCUGGGGGUCUCAACAAUCCCCGCCCGGCUACAACCAACCCAGCAGCAGCAGCGACAGCAGCGGUCUCCGCAAGCCGCCCAGCCGACCCCCGACUGUCCCGGGACCCCCGUCUCACCAGGACGGGCGAGACCAGCCAGAGCGACCCCCCUGCGGACCCCCGUCUAGCCCGCCACGCCCCGCCUCCGAAACCAGACCCCGCCCCCCACCACAAGGUCCCCAGCGGCCCGGCAGACGAGGAGGAAGGGGAGAGGGUCUUGCGUGACAAGCCUGUCCCCAUCCCCUCAGAGACCCUGCCAGGCCAGGCUCUCAGGGACCCCCGCUCCCAGCUGCAGCAGUUCAGCCACAUCAAGAAGGACAUCGUCCUCCUCAAGCCCAACUUCUCCAAAGCGGUGCUCUGGAGCCCCGAGGAUUUGAUACCCCUGCCUGUACCCAAGCAGGACUUCCUCCCCUUGCCUCCUGGGAUACCCCCAGUGACAGCGGUGGACCCCAGACUGCACCGAGUCCAGCAGCAGCAGCGAGAUCACACGGCCCCCCCCAUUGCUCUCCCUCCUCCUCCUCUUCCUCCCCCUCCUCCCUCGAUCCCUCCUGCCCAGCAGGCUCAGUCCGAGCCGGCCUCCCUCCCGGACUUCGAGCUCCUCUCUCGGAUCCUGAAGACUGUCAACGCUGCUUCUGGGCAGACGCCCCUCCCCCAGGUUCAGCCGCCACCCUCCGCUCCAGUCCCCGCGGUGGACAAACCCGUCGACCCGCGGAUGGCGCGAAAGCACCCAGCGGACCCCAGAUUUCAAAACCAGAAGCCAACGGUCAAACCAGCAAGCGAAGCACUGUCAGCUGGCCCUGCUGCUAAUGCUGUUUCUGCUGCUGCUUCUCCCCCAGUUAUUGCUCAACCAACACAGCCAGCAGCGGCAGCCAUCGCCCCUUACGACCCCAGACUGCUUUCAGCUGGGGGUGGGGGCAGAGGAGGGGGAGGUGUGGGACUGGGUAGCAGCAGCACAGGUCAGAGCAGUGUGCUGAGUGGUAUAAGCCUGUACGACCCCAGGACUCAGAGCACAGGGAGUGGGGUAGGAGGAGGUGGUGGGGGGGCAGGUAGUGGCGCCUCCACGGUCAAAUCCGAAAGCGGGAACACCACAAACGGGAAUUCUUCCUCUGAUCCCAAAGCAGGAGAUGCAGGCAAGCAGGUCAAGCCGAAGGAGCCACUGUUUGUGCGAAAGUCUGCGCUGCAUCAGCUGGAGACGGAGAAAGCCUCCGGAUCAGAACCGGCCACGGACAGAUACAGCAGCUACAACAGGCCCAGGCCCAAACCCGCCAGCGACGGUUCUGCCGUGACCGGGGUUUCCAAUCCGGAAUCCGGACAGCAGCCUGGGGUUCACAACCUCCCUGUGUCUUCCGUGUUCGGGUUGAAACAGGCGGCCAAAUCCGGGGGUACGGGGAGCCCCUUCGGGGGAAGCAGCCCCGCGCAGCCAGCAGACAGUGCCGAGCAAGACGCCGCCUCGCUGAAAGAGGUCUUCAAGGGCUUUGACCCCACGGCUUCUCCCUUCUGCCAGUGAAGAGACUCAAAAGGAAACUCAAGAAAACUGUUGUACAGGGAUGGGAGGACGGGGCGGGACGGGAUGGGGGAGAGUUGCGAUCCUCGUUUUGUCUUGCCUUCAGUCAGUGUUUGUUUCGGGAAUGGAGAGGAGAGGCAGGGGUCGCGUUUUUGUACUUUUUAAAAAGAACAAAGAAAAAAAGUUACUUAAGCCCCCUCCCCCCA